CUUAUUCCAGUUCUCAAGUAUAGCUUAGAGAGAAAUUGUGAUUUCUCAGGUGUAUUGUAUUUCUUCUGAUGGAAAUAUAGUCUAAACAUCGGAUUUUUGCUAAGCCGUCUGCUGACUAUGCUCAAUAAUAAGCCUAGUCUAUGUGAGAUAAGCCUUUAUUGUUAUUGUUGAAGAACUCAAGGAUGUCUGGGUCUUGGUACAUGAAGUCCCUGUGGCACUCAAUAAUAGGAAGACAGAGGAGUAGGCAGAAGUCCAAAAGAGAAAAGUAGGAGUAGAAGAAACAUUCAUCUGUUGAAGACCACUCAGACCUAAGACGAUGCUCAGUCGUGAUGUCUAUCUCCGUUGCUGCCUGUGUGUAUGUGCACUCCUACAUGUGCCUGCAGCUUCCAUCUCCAACACGUCCACCAAGGAUCAACUCCCAACUGGUGUUGAAGAUCAGGAGCACACUGGUGGGGAUUCACCGUUGCUUUGGUUGAGAGACAGUUUGCCUUCUUACUCACAGCCACUUCGUCCGUACGCCUUGCUGACCAAUGCAGAGGACUACAUCUACAUGCCCAAACCCAGACAUUAUCGCCCUUCACGCCUACUUCGCAUUUUGGGAUCCUCUUUUGACCCAUUUUGGAUGUCUAUUGGUCCGCCAUCUGGAAGCUCUGGGGUCAGCACAGACAAAGGUAGCUGUAAUGCUUUGUCAAGAGGUGACUCCCUACCUGUCAAAUUACCAAAUGACACCACUUCCAGAGAAGAUGUCAACGUCAGUGCUUCUGCAGUGCUGAGGAAGGCGGCAGCAAGUCAGAGGAAGAAGUUGGAGAGGGAAGCUGCAGAUGUGGACCUCAGUACUCUGCCUCCAGAUGUUGCCACCUCGGUCCGAGCCUCGCUGGUGCACUCAGCCACAUGUGGAUUGUGUUCCCAGUGGGUGGAUCUAGGCCCGGCGUUCUGGCCACGUUGGCUGCGGCAGACCGAUUGUGACAAGUCAGACAGAGUGCAAAGCUGCUCCUUUCCUACUGGGAUGGUAUGCGUGAGAGCUCAGAUAGCACACAUUAAGAUUCUGGCUUGGCAUUGCUUGAAAAUCAGGGAAGACGAGUCAAAACGCUUUAAGACUGACAGGUCUGAUGUCAGCAUGUUGAUGGGAACCAGUGAGGAAUUGAGAAGGUGUUUAUGGAUGGUGGUGCCCUACCCUGUGGUCACAGCUUGUAGAUGUUCAUGUCAAUGAUUGGUUUUUUUUCAUUAGUAGUUCCAAUAUCACUCUUAGAUACACAUUUGCAAUCAUUAGUCUUGAAUGAGCUCACAGAUUUUUGCAAAUAAUAAAUAAAAAAAAUCAGAAUAAUUCACCUUGUGCUACUUUAGAACAAAUCUAAAGUGUGAACAUUCUAGAGGCUUGCUUUCCCCUCUCAUCUCUAAUAUGAAAAAAUUGUCUUUGGAAAUUGAUCGUGUGUGACAAUGUUUUUUCACAUUUAA